AGGAGAGCGCCUGGUAGAAUGUGACGUCACCAGUAGCACUUCUUUCCUACUUGUUGGGAAAACGCGAGCUGCGCUGCCUGGCGCAGAGUGGACAGCGCGGAGGAAGAAUAUCCUACACGAUCUCGUGAUGUGCAAAGAGACAGAUGAAAGACAUCGACCACCUUAGACUCGUGGAGAGAUCUGCGAAAGCGAGAGCGCAGCCUUAUAAAGUAAAACACUUAUCCCCGGAGGCUCAGCUGUCACACUAUGGAGAACAUCAGCAGCCCCUUCAUCCCAAACCCAACAUGCAACUACAGCAUGGACUUAUACUAUCACAACUCUCUCAACCGGAGUGAUCUGAACUGCACGCCGCCGGCUGACUACUUCUUUUACGCAGACCUGUAUGUGGUUCUCCCAGUCAUUUACUCCGUGAUAUGUGCCGUAGGUCUGACUGGGAACACGGCGGUCAUAUAUGUAAUCCUCAAAGCUCCCAAAAUGAAAACGGUGACCAAUAUGUUCAUCCUGAACUUGGCGAUCGCCGAUGACCUCUUUACUUUAGUGCUACCCAUCAACAUAGCGGAGCAUCUGUUACACUACUGGCCGUUCGGCGAGGUGCUUUGCAAAAUUAUUUUAAGCAUCGACCACUACAACAUCUUCUCGAGCAUCUACUUUCUGACGGUUAUGAGUGUGGACCGCUACCUGGUGGUGCUGUCGACCGUGCGCUCCAAGCGCAUGCCGUACCGCACUUACCGGGCAGCCAAGAUAGUGAGUCUGUGCGUGUGGCUGCUUGUGAUCCUCAUCGUCAUGCCGUUCACCGUGUUCGCGGGAGUUUACAUCAGUCCCGACGACAUGAGGAAAAGCUGCGUGCUGAGUUUCCCCACUCCUGAAAGUUUAUGGUUCAAAGCGAGCCGGAUUUACACCCUCAUACUGGGCUUUGCCAUCCCGGUGUCUACAAUUUGCAUUCUUUACACCAUGAUGUUAUACAAAUUAAGAAACAUGCGUUUGAACACCAACGCCAAAGCGCUGGACAAAGCCAAGAAGAAGGUAACUAUCAUGGUGUUUAUCGUACUGGCCGUGUGCCUGUUCUGCUGGACGCCCUUUCACCUCAGCACCAUCGUAGCGCUGACCACAGACCUGCGGACCACACCGCUUCUCAUCGGCAUCUCGUACUUCAUUACCAGCCUGAGCUACGCCAACUCCUGUCUGAACCCGUUCCUUUACGCCUUCCUGGACGACAGCUUCAGAAAAGCCUUCAAGAAGAUGUUAGAAUGUAGACCUGCUUGAAUGUAAAGCACUUUGAAGUGACGAAUAACACAGAGCGCCAUUCAGAAGUGAAUUGCACUGGAAUUCCAGGAUUUGAACUGAGGUAGCAAACAGGAUGCAAUUAUAGCGUUUAGCAAUUGGAAUUUGAAUUUGAUUAGAUAAAAUACAUAUGACUGCAAUAAGCCUGGUUUUUAAUUGGGAAAGCCAAGUAAUGACGAAUUCUAAUUGCUUGACAAAGCCUUGCUUGGCAGUUUAAAAAUAUUAAUAUUUUAGUAUAUAUUAAAUAUAUAUUUUAUUAAAAUAUCAAAUAUAACUUAAAUAUUAUUUAAUAAACAAUAUUAAUCAUAUUUAAAUUAUUCAACUAUUAAUCAUCAUUUUAAAAUGAUGAAUUUUCCCAUACAACUAUGAUCAUAACAGUGUCUCAAAAUGCACUGAGCAGCCCAUGCAGACGUUUCAUAAUUAAAAUGUCAUUCCAAUUCAAAUUCCAAUUCAAUAUCCUUCAGUUUGUUGCCAAACAAAUUAAAAUGCACACUCAAUUUUCUAUUUUAUGCCUAACCUUGAUUAAAAUACAGUUUUGAUCACUCUGUGACUCCCAUAUCCCUGUGUGUAUUCAUAAUAAUAAAGGAAAACAUUUUCCGGACACUAAAUUCUAAUGUGAGAGUUUGUCUCCCUCUUGUGCUCUCUGUGAUCAAACAAUGAAGCUGAAAUAUUUUGAAAUGUGCUUGAACACUGACAGCGGUGCCCUGGAAACUUUUUAGGAAUUACAAAAUGUGAUAUCACUGCUGACGUAUAGGAUGACAUCAUGUGUUUCUCAAACAGCAGGGAUUCACGUGUAUAUAUUUGUAUAGACCUGUUUUUGUCACAUGAAACGUCAUCAUUUCCUGUCCAGAAACAUUUGAUCUUAAUAGCAAACUUGAGACAGCUGUUUAAACGUGCAUUCCAUUUCCUUUAAAUGAAUGAAUAUAAAUGUAAAACAUUUUGUUUGUGUAUAUACAGAGACGUUGGUCGUGCAUAUCAACGCAGUGAAGCAUACUAUGUUACAUGGCUUUUUAAUACAUGUUGUAAAUAAAAUGUAAUAAAUC